AUGAACUAUUAUCAAUACAAGUUAGAUGAUGAUGAUGCUAAUUAAUACUAGCAAAUAUUAUAGAUAGUUUAAAAGCUUAGGAAUAAAGUUAAUAAAGAAGCUGAUGAAAUUGAGAAAUUAAUCCAUUUAAAAGUUCAAGAAAGCUUAAAAUUAAGAGAAACGUAUAAAUUAGAGGAAUAUGAACAAAUCUACUUCAAUAAUGAUGCUAUAACAUUCGAGAAUCAAUUUAAUCGCUUGGCAUAACAUUAGCUAAAAAGCAUUCUUUCUACAAAGAAUAAUAAAUUGGAAUAUAUUAAAGCUGAUAUGUUCAAAUUAUUGUAACUAUCACCAGUAAUCAUGAAAUUAAAAGAGAUGAUAUAAUAAUUUAAUUUUAAUAUUGAAGUUACUAAGUAAAUGAUCAUUGGGUAAAAUGCUAUAGUAAAUUAAAUUAAUAAUAACUAAGUGUAAGAAAUUUGGAAGCAUUAAACAAUAGCGAAAAGUGGAAAUAAAUUUAAGACCUUUACUUUCAAGAAGAAUUAAGGAUUUGCAGAACCAUUCUUAUGUAAAUCUAGUUUUGAAUUAAAUGGAUUGCUUCUUGCAUAAUUAUUUUCAGGAGUAAAUGCUGAUGGUAAUCAACUAAAUUGCUAAAAGGAUAUUCAUCGUCUUCAGUUUUCUAUUCAUGAGGGUCUUGAUUUAUCAUCCUAUUAUUACGCUUAGGAAAUACAAUUAAAUCAUGAAAAACUUAAACAAAAGGAGUAGCUCUAUGAAAUCUUGCUAUAUUAGUAAAUAUUACUCAAAAAAGGUGUCAUAUAUACAAUAAGUCUAAUGCCAUUAUCAAAUGAAAGCUUUAGUACGUAUAUGUAUACAGGAAAAGAAGGAGAAAAUUAAUAAUUCUUGAGAUUUUUGGAUAAACAGAUUGAUCUAAUUGAUUAGAGUGUUAUUGCUUAUUAAUAAUUUAAUCAAUCUCCGAUUCCUGGAUUUAUAAUUAAUGGGUGAGAAAAUAACAUGUCUG